GGUGCUCGGGGAGCAUGGCAAAGCGGGUGGCCGUGGUGCUGGCCGGCUGCGGCGUGUUCGAUGGCAGCGAGGUGCACGAGGCUUCGGCCGUGCUGGUGCAUCUCAGCCGGGAGGGGGCUCAGGCUGAGGUGUAUGCUCCCAACAUCCCCCAGAUGCACGUGGUGGACCACGUGAAGGGGCAGCCAACGCCGGAGCAGCGCAAUGUCCUGGUGGAAAGUGCCAGGAUAGCCAGGGGCAACAUCAAGGACCUGGCUACGCUGGAUGUCAAUGGGCUGGAUGCCCUCAUCAUCCCAGGUGGCUUCGGAGUGGCAAAAAACCUGAGCACUUGGGCCACGCAGGGCAAGAACUGCAGCAUCUCCAAGGAGGUGGAGGGUGUCCUGAGGGCAUUCCACGCUGCCCACAAACCCAUCGGGCUCUGCUGCAUCUCCCCAGUGCUGGCAGCCAAAAUCUUCCCGGGCUGCGAGGUCACCGUGGGACACGACACGGAGUGUGAGCAGUGGCCUUAUGCCAAGACUGCCGAGGCCAUGAAGGAGCUGGGCUGCAGGCACGUCAACAGGCAGGUGAGCGAGGCGCACGUGGACGCGCGGAACCGGCUGGUGAGCACCAGCGCCUUCAUGUGCAACGCGCCCAUCCACCACGUGCACGACGGCAUCGGCAACAUGGUCAGGGAAGUGCUCCGGCUGGCCUGAGCCCCAGCUCCUCUCCGUGGAUCCUGGCCAGCUCCUCUCCGUGGAUCCACUCCUUCCCCUCCCACAGCAACAGCAAAGUGGCACUCUGGCUCUGCCCCCGAGCUCUGGUGGCGGCUGAGCAGGGACAACCCUGGAGGUGUUGUGCUCUGCCAAGGACAUGUCAGCCCCUGGCAGGAGCUGGGCUGGGAGCUGCUGGGGGAUUGUGGCAUGGGGUGGGUUGGGAGGGACCUUAAGUUCAUCUUGUUCCAGUCUCCUCCCAUGGGCAGGGACCCCUUCCACUGUCCCAGGCUGCUCCAGGCUGGCCUUGGACACUUCCAGGGAUCCAGGGGCAGCCACAGCUUCUCUGGGCACCCUGUGCCAGAGCCUGCCCACCCUCACAGAGAGGAAUUCCAUCCCAAUAUCCCACCUAUCCCUGCCACAGGCUCCCACAGGGCCCAGGGUCAGCUGCUCCCCAUCCCCUCCCUCAGAGCAGGGAAUUGUGGCCAAAGGAAGGAACCCAGUUCUGCUACCAAAUAAAACCUGAUGCUUCU